AUGUCUUCGACUGACAGUGCUGGUCACCAGCAGGCUAACACUGCAGCCGCAGCUGGGCGGCCGCGUUCCCUGGACACCGAGAGGCGGGCGACCAGAGACGUCUUCUUGAUCGUCACAGCAGACGUCGUCGUCUUCGAGCGAGUGCCUAAAAUGGAAGUUAAUAACGCGGCCAGAGGCGAAGCGCUCCUCGGCGGCAAAGACCGCCACGACGACGACGACGACGAGGACGAGGACGAGGACGACUACGACAACUGUCACCCGUCGCAGGCCGUCAUCAUCGUCGGCGUCGCAUGUUGUCCGAGUCGAACACCGCAUAGCCAUGGAAAUGUUUCAAUCAAAUCCGAAUAUCGACCGGCGUCGUUGCCGCUUUACCGAACAAAGGCAUGGGUGACGAAAGUCGUAUGA